UACAUAGUAGUACUCCAGUUAAUUGUAUCUGCCGUGAGAGGCUGCCAUUUUUUAAACACGAGACUGCCGACACUAAAACAUCUUGGUAGCCCUUUGUCAUCGUGUCUCUGGAAUAGAGCCAACGCUCUACGCAGGCCUGCGUGUCUCUCUAAUGGCUUCUCGUUAUCUCGCGCCAAAAGACCUAAGCCCGGGCACAAGUAUCUCCGCGUGCCCGGCACUUUCUGGAGUCUUCCGCGGUCCGUGGAGUACACUUGUGCCACUUUUUCUGGCACCUUUUGUCGAGCUCCGGAGGCCACUCCAUGGUGCCCUGGACGUCCACGUCGUGACCGCUCUCGUUGCACGCACACUUCUACACGUUCACGGCUGGGGAGUGCCCGCCGCCGCGGCCACCCCCUCGCGGCCGGGCUAGCUCGUCCUCCCCGGGCCUAUAUAAUCGCACGCUCGUCAUUGGCAUCAGCACGCAAUAAUCACAGUCCACAACGAACCAAGUGUGAUCUAGCCAGUCCCUGCAUCCUGCUGGGAGUAAUGACGACCAUGGUUGCCUUGAGCUCCUUCGCCGGCGCCACCGUCGUCGGCCGCCCCGCCUCCUGGUCUCCGGCACUGCCGCGUCGGCGCGCCCUCCUCGUCAGGGCCCAGACCGAGCCGGAUAUCGAGUCGACCAAGGAGACGACGAGCGCAUCGACAUCCUCCCCAACCCCAACCCCGACCCCAAGCCCGGUGGUGCCCAAGCCCAAGCCCAAGGCUAACCCCUCGGUCUGGGACGCGCUCGCGUUCAGCGGCCCAGCGCCCGAGCGCAUCAACGGCCGGCUCGCUAUGGUGGGCUUCGUGGCGGCGCUCUCCGUCGAGGCAGCGCGCGGCGGCGGGCUACUCGACCAGGCCGGCAGCGGCGCCGGGCUGGGAUGGUUCCUGACAACCGCUGCGGUGUUCUCGGUGGCGUCGCUGGUGCCGCUCCUUCAGGGCCAGAGCGUGGAGAGCAAGUCCAGCGGCGUAUGGAGCGCCGACGCCGAGCUAUGGAACGGCCGCUUCGCCAUGCUCGGCCUCGUCGCACUCGCCAUCACCGAGUUCAUCACCGGCACGCCUUUCGUCAACGUCUGAAACUAGUUAGUGUAGUGCAGUACGCUUGCACGUGCAUGUACAUAUUUGUUGGUCAUGCUGAGGAACUAGGACUACGGACCACGCGACAAGCGUGGUAAAAGCAAUCUCAAAUUGACAAAAAAAAACUAGGACUACGGACUCUGACAUUCUGUAAGCCGUAUCAUUAGGUUGUCUUUCUUGGUGAUGAUGUCUUGGAGCCUACAAUUAAUGCAGGAGUGAAUUGCGUCCAUGCUAAUACUCCCAUUCUACCAA